GGCGUCGUCUGCUGAGGGUUUGGGAAGCCCCAGCGGCACGGGGAUCUUGGUGAAGGUCAAUGCGGAGAAGGUCGCCGUCACGCUGCCGCAGGAAGAAGGGCAAGAUAAUGACAGUAAGGGCAAGCUGGAGUGUACGUACACCUCAAGCCUGCCUAUAAUUGAGCUCGACCCCACAUCCCCCACGCUGUUCCGAUUUGUCUCCACUUCUUUCAUUUUAGACAGACUUAUUGGAAGACUGCCCUCCGAAGACUCAUCCGGACUUGUUGCUGCAGUGGAAGAGACAGACGCGCGUUUGAGUCUUUUCUUCAACAUCAGUUUGCUGCUGCAGGAGCUGCACCGGGCCCAGGGCCUGAACGCGCGGCUGUCUCGAGACUUCGCGAGAGCAGCAAAAGAAAAGGAGCAGCUGGAGGAAGAGAUGAGACACACAAUUAGGGCUUUUCAGCUGCAGCUAGACAGUAAACCCUAA